CAUCAAAUCUUCACAUCUCUCCCUCUCCUAUUACUCCUCUAGUAAAUCUCCUCCACAAAGAAAUCACUGCCUUUUUUUUUAGGCUCACAUACUAGAGAAUAUGAAGGCCAUCUCCCUCUUCAGUAGCGUCCUCAUCGCUACUUCAACUCUUCUCUCAGUUCUUACACCGGCUUCUGCACAUAUUGCGAUGUCAUACCCUCGUGGUCAGGCUGGUCCCUGGACUGAUGAUCUCCGCAACACUGUUCAUGCUUGGAUCGGUUAUGAAGGCAAAAAAUUUCCCUGUGGAGGUUACAAGAAGGGACCUGUGACGAAACUCAAUGCUGGUCAAACCAUUGGCGUUGAAUUCUGGACAUUUGGAAUGCCAUAUGACAAAUUCCCUCCUCCCAGUAACGUGAAGCCUGCACGUCAUGGAGGGGGGGCUUGUGAGUUCUCAUUGUCGUACGAUGGUGGAAAAACCUGGAAAGUCAUUGGACAGUAUACAGAGACUUGCCCCGACAUCUACUACAGAUGGCCAGUUCAGAUUCCCCACAACGCGCCCUCAUGCAAAGAUUCCAACAAAUGUCUAUUCGCAAUGUCAUGGACUGCUUACCGGAUCAACCAGUUCUAUCAUCAUUGUGCUAAUGUUGAGAUCAGAGGCGUCAGCGGCGGUAAGCUUCCUACCCUGGACAUGACAGUUGUCAAUGUUCGUCAGCGCGGACAAAAACAGGAUACUCAUGCCGAUGGUGAUGGUGGUCGUGAGAGAGGCCCUGGUCCUAAGCGGGAGGAAGUGAAGCGAAAUACUAGUGGAUUUUAUGCCUUUGGUGGAGGGGCUGGUGACAAGGGUAUCGACCUCGGCUUGGACAAAGUAUAA